AUGGGUGGAAAUGGAACUUCACCUUGUGCUUCUUGCAAGUUGCUCCGUCGACGAUGUGCAAAAGACUGCGUUUUUGCUCCAUACUUCCCUUCCGACGACCCCCACAAGUUCGCCAUCGUUCAUAAAGUAUUUGGCGCUAGCAAUGUCAGCAAAAUGUUACAGGAGCUUCCGUUGCACCAAAGAGCAGAUGCAGUGAGCAGCUUAGUGUACGAAGCAAACGCAAGAAUGAGGGAUCCGGUGUAUGGAUGUGUAGGUGCCAUAUCGUACCUACAAAACCAGGUUUCGCAGCUGCAAAUGCAACUAGCAGUAGCUCAAGCAGAGAUACUAUGCAUCCAAAUGCAACCAGACUCAAACAACAUGACAACAACUCCAGUACAUCAGAACAACAACUUCGAGGCAGAUGAUGACAACAAGUCUUUCCUUUUCCACAACAAUCUCUCCCAACACCAGUACCUCAACUUUCCAUCCUCCACUGAUCAUCAUGUAAUUCAAGACUCUCUCAAAAGGGAGUCUUUCUUUGGACAUGACAUGGUUUCAUAACUAAUUAAUAUAAUAUAAUAUGGCAUCCAUGUUUUUGCCCUUUUUCUA